GCAACUCGUAUCAGUUGAUACUGCCCUCAGGGGCUGUAGCUAGAAGCAUAGCUGCAGUACGGAUUUAGCAAUCCCGAGGUACCCGAGCUAUAAGGGGGCUCGUAGAACAAUUUCAAAAUGGAACUACAUAAAAUUACGUUUAAAUUUAAAUAACGAUACUACAGAGACAUAGUUAUAACGUUAUUUCAAAAGAAAAGUUGCUCGUGCCGAAUAUCACUUCAUAUCGAAAACGAAACAGGGAUUUUGAUGAAAUUGUAACUAGACGUUUCCCCAAGGUUGGUCAUCCCCUAGUGGUGUAGAUAGAUGGUCGCGAUUCAUGGAUACUAGCCGUUAACCCGCACGAUCGACCAUCAUGCUGUGGACGAGAAGCACAUCCAGGGAGAGAGGAAGAGGGCGUUGCAAAAUGUCGAGGCCUGACACGAGGGUUCGAAAGGAAGUCGGCUUUCAGUCGCAGCUCGGCAGUCUGUACGGGACGAUCGAGUUACGUAUAGUGUAAGUACGGUGUGUGUUCUCGCGUAUAUGUACACGCGUACAGCGCAUGUAUUGGUGAUCAUAGGCGCAGCCUCGCGUGUGCACGCGUAACCGAUACGCCGGACGAAUUGACACACGCGCAGCAAUGGCGUACCCCCCCGGAGAAGCCUGAACGUGUUCUCGGUCGAAUAUUCUUUUGUGUGGUGUGUGUGGUUGUGCGUAAGAGGGACAGAUAAUCCGAAUAAAAUAUCGUAUUCAUGUAAGCCAACGAUAGAAGCGCGAGACGUUAACGUAACACGGUCCCUGAAAGGUUGACAAACGAAGGAACGAGCGACGUUACGCUCGGACAGGAACGUCAGAGCCCAUUACUCGUGGUAUAAUACACCCCAAGUCCCCACGGUUCUCACGGUUGACGGUUAGACCGUUCGUGAAAAGCUUCGCUAGGCAGAAAUUUACGAGAGGCGUAAGCGCGACCGCAAUGUAAGGAUAUCACCGUCGGAGAGAUUCGUAUGACGGGCUCCCGACAGAGUGAAGUGUGGAUUACGUGCAAGAGGGAUAUUCGAGCUCAGGGGGAAGCAAAGAAAUACCGUGUCGAUAUCGAAGACAAAGAAUCGAGGCAGUCACGACGAAAAGAUACGGAAAAUAGAACUGGUCUGAGAAGACGCCGGUUCCAGAACGUUGUAAGCGUUUCAUCACAGCAUUUAUUUCCUUUCCUGUCACGAAAUAUGCGAUAAAACGUUUCGUUGGCCGUGUACAUUGGGGGCUUCCUCGGUGUUGGAUAUACCCGAUUGGUCCAACCCUUGGUUAAGGCGACCCUCUCACGACGAUGAAUCGUGUCUAUACCUCUCCGCCUUGUUUGAAGCUGCGCCCGUGACAUCGAGAAGAGUACCACGAUCAUUGACACGCUUGCAUCGCAAGUACCGCUCCAAGGGGUAGAAAACGAUCGAGAAACGACGAAACUAGAAAGAAGAAGGGUUAUCGGGGUGCUGUCAAGAGGAUAUAAGAUCGCCGGAAGAUCGUUUUCGGCCGUUCCAACGAGCAAUCGCGGCCUCAACGCUGGGCGAGACGGGGAAGAACGGAUUGUCAUCAUUGGGGAGAAUAAUCGCGAGGAUCUUACGAAAUGAGAGCCUAGCGUCGGAGGUGGGUCGUUGGUCAGCGGGCGCGCAAGAAACGACGGUUCGCCGGCGGAAGCCUGGAUAGUAGGAGGUUUCCAACAUGGCCGCCGCCUGCUACGAGAAGGAAGUGGUGGUAGGUGCCGCUAUACACGGACACGGUCAUCACCAUCACCACCACCAUCAUCAUCACCAUCACCAUCACCAUCACGGCGCGACGGGGCAGGCUAACCAGCAGCAAACCGUCCUACCGGCGGCUUCGACUAUCCUCGACGCCACCACUGCCGUCGGCUCUGGUUCGAGUUCGUCCGCGAAUACGACCGCCACUGCGGCUGCCACUGCUGCGGCGGUCGCGGCCGCAGCCGCUGCGGUUGCCGUCACCUCCUACAAGGACUACAAGGACUAUUCGCAGCCUCUCCACGUGGACUGUAGCGUCGAAUACGAACUGCCCAGUCAGGCGAAGCCACCACCCGGCGGCGGCGAACCCCUUCUCAUGAUACAUCCCUGUUACUAUCGUCGCGCCGAACGCGAGAGGAGAAGCCCCUUCGUCAACAAUCUCCCGCCGCCGGCGAACGCUCCUAUAUCCACCUCGAGAAGGACUAGCAGAAGAAGCACGACUGCUGCUGCCGUCGUCGUUGCCACCGCCGCUGUGUCUUCGACAUCGUCUGUGGCACCGUCCUCCACGGUCGUAUCCUCGAUUUCCACCUCGACCGUAUCGUCGUCGACUUCCGCCACGGCCGUGUUAUCAGCGACCGCAGCAGUGGUCGCGACCACCACCGAUUCCGGCUCCGGCCUCGUAUCCACUACCGGCCAGAUGUCCGCGGCAAUGGCAGCCUCCUAUCGAGCGGCUCUCAACGCUGCCGCGACUCUAUCCCAACAACAGAGACGACAUCAUCCCCAACAGCAGCCACAGCAACAACCCCAACAACAGCAGCAGCAGCAUCAUCUCCAUCGAGCACCUCACGUCCAGCCUCACCCUCAUCACGGUCAACAGCAACAACAGCAAAGUUCGGUGACGCCGACCACGUCCGGCGCGGAACUGAUUUCUGCCGACGAGAAAGCAGUCAUAUCAGGUAUUUAUCAGCACUACUUCCGAGCGAUGCGUGCUCACAAUCAUCAGCAGCAACAGCAACAACCUCAGCAGCAACCGGCCCAGCAGCCCCAGCCGCAGCAGCAGCAGCAUCGAACCACUCAUCAGCUUCAUCAUCAACCUCACCAAAGCGACAGAAGUUCCUCCUCGUCGUCGGUAACACCGACGGCCACGUCGAUCUCUGGCAUCCUACGGCAGAGUUAUCAACAGACGUACAACGCGACGAGUUCGAGUACGGGUUCGUCGAGUCAUCUACGCGUCGCGACGGCCUCCGCGGUUGUCGCUCAUCAUCCGUACAGACGGCCGUCGGCGACGUUGCUAUCACGAGCGGCAUCGCACUUGGGACAUCAGACUUCCUCCUCAUCUUCCUCCUCCUCUACGUCCAUCGGUGCUUCCAGCGGUAUUUCCUCCGGCAGCGUUUCCAGCUUGUACGCGAGUACGAUACACAGGCAUCACGCGACCUCGCUGCACGCCCUUCAGGCGGCCGGUUUUUACGAAACGCCGGGUUAUCAUGCGCUCUUGCCGCAGAGUUAGGUGAUCACUAACCCUCGCGAGGCUGACCCGGUUGCCAGCGUUCAUUUAUUCACGUAAUCCGGGCGCAGAGCCGCGCUCCUCUUUCCUAUUGUGCGACUUAUCUCUUCCACUCGUUAAAGAGUAUACGGGUUAGUCUAGUACACACGCCGGGAUACAUCUAGCUCUGCGUUCGUACCCACCUACGUAUGUAUUACAUACGCGUAGAUGUAUCGUGCAUACGUGUACGUGUACGUAUAUGAUGUACGGACGGUGUAUGGUCGCACACAACGAUCGUACGUGCCGUGUUCGUUCGUGUUGGCAGUGUGCGGGUGGCCGGACGGA